AUGAGUCCAUCGGGUUCAAAUGAAUGGAAAUUGUUGUAUGAGACGAAUGUUGCGAUAUUUGCCGGAAGAUUGUGUGCAAUUUCGAUACAAUCGAUGGAAAUUCCGGGAAAUUUGUGGAAAGUGAGUGGAUUUUGGGGAAUGGGCUGGAAAAUAAAGCUUUAUGAGCUGGAAAAUGAGCAAUUCUAGAUUUUAAUCGAGGAGUCACUAAAAAUUUGAAAAUGAGAGGAAAUUUUAAGCUCAAGACAGAAAUCAGUUCGAAAUUCAUCAAAAAGUUGAUUUUUUUAGUGGAUUUUUCUGAAAAAUCACUCAAAAAAUGAAGAAAAUCUUCAAAAACUUGCAAUUUUAAUCCAAAACAUUAAAAAAUUUGAUGAAGAUCCGAUUUUUCAAUGCAAAAUUCUAGAAAAACUUGAUUUUCAAUAAAAGUUUUCAGCUUCGAAUCUCCUCCUCUUCCGACAUCUCAAUCCUUCUUCAAAACUCUUCAAUUCCUCCCGAAAUCUAUCAAAUUCUUCUUUCUCGUCUCAAAUUUAUCCUAACUUCUCGUUCUGAAGAUUCGAGUUUUAUUGGAAUUCGAAUCGAGCAAAAAACACAGGAAAAAGGAGAAUUUGAAUUAUUAAUUGAGGGAAAUGCAAAAGAUGUGAUGAAAAUUGAUGUGAAAACAGCAGAUUCUGAAGAAUUAUCACAUCAUUUUAUGAAUUGUUAUGCGAAGGAAAAGGUUUGGAAUUUGGGAACUUGAUACGAAAUUCAAAGGAAAUAUGAAAAAAUCAUGAAAUUCCGGUUUUUUUGAGUCUAAACAUUGUUAUGUUCCUUUAAAAUGUGUUUUACGUUGCGAGACCCAAAUCUAGAAAAAUAUGAAUGUUCCUUUAAGUUUCGGAUCUCACUACGAAAAUCCUCUGUUAAUUUUCCAUCAAUAAUUGAUUCCUGAAAAAUAUACGUUUCAAAAAUUCGUGAAGAGAAAAAUUAAAUCUGAUUCUUCGAUAUGUUGUCAACCACGGAUCAUAACCCUAAGAUUUUGAAAAAUCACGAAAUUCUGAUCAUUUCGACUAUAAACAUGCCCAUGUUCCUUUAAAAUACAAUUUUCGUGAUAGGACCCAAAUUUGAUGUUUUUCAGGCACAAAAUCAAGCAAAUUUGGCGAAAAUCGAAAGUUUGUCCAAACAAUUGCAAGCCAAAGAAUUUGAAUGUGAAAAUGUUGGUUUUUUUGCUGGAAAACCUGAAAUUCCAGCCAAAAUCCCCAAAAUUUCAGCUAAAAAUGCGCUGCGAAUACAAAGAGGAGGAAAAUCGCCUGCUCCGUCAAUUAAACGCGUCUCGAACAGCUUCCGCUUCCACUUCCGCGCGGAAACCUUGCGGCGGAUGUGCGCAAGAGAAAUGCAGAUGUUUGAAUGAGGAAGAAGAAGAAGAAGAGGAUCAGAGUAUGGAUGAGGAGGAUGAUGAUGAUUUGGAGGAAGAAAUGGAAGAGGAUGGGGAAUUUAGAAAUGUAAGCUGGGUUUAAGUGGGAAAUUUUGAAUUUUUCAUGAGAUUUGGAGCAUUUUGAGUGGAAAUAUGGGUAUUUUUGGGUGAAAAUUGCUCAAAAUUCUCUGAAAAACCCUAUUUUCCCACAAAUUUUCAGUUUUUCAGCCAAAAAAUGAUUGAUUUUUUUGCAGAAUUCCCUAAAAACUUGGCUAAUGCAACAAGAUCCAUCAACAUUGACUUUGCUUCGAAAUUCAGCUGGAAAUAUGGUUUUGGCUAGAAAAACCCAGCAAAAUGAUCAGGGUAAGUCAAGGAGUCGAGUCUAGAGAACACGAUUGUCUAGGACCCGCGGCUAGAAAUCAUCUCUGGCAAGGAGCCGAGCCUAUAGAACCUAGUGCUCAAGUAACCACGCCUAGAAACCCUAGUUUUCAAGUAGCUGAGCCUAGAGAAUCCGAUUGUCUAGGACCCGCGUCUAGAGAUUCUAAAUUGACAAGGACCCGCGCCUAUAGAACCUAGUGCUUAAGUACCCGCGCCUAGAAACCCUAGUUUUCAAGUAGCGAAGCCUAUAAAUUAGUGUUCAAGUAGCCAAGCCUAGAGAACCUAAUCGUCUAGGACCCGCGCCUAUAGACCUGGUGCUGAAGUAGCCGCGCCUAAAGAUUCUAAAUUUUCAAGGACCCGCGCCUAUAGAACCUUUUUUCAAGUAGCUGAGCCUUGAGAUCUUCUAUGCCAAGCAGCGCAGUUUUCAAGAAUUUAAAUUUUUUGUGAAUAUUCAAUAUUUCUCUCGAAUUUUUGUGAUUUUUUGCAGAACCCUCAACUUCUUCUAACUAUAAAAUCGAUGAAAAAAUGGAUUCAGAAUUGAUGAAAAAAUUGGGAGUUAUUAUGAGAGGUGAGCGAGUUUUUACAAAUUUCGAAAAGUUUGUAUUGAAAACUUCAGCUCUAACAAAUUUCCAAUGAAAUUUUCCAGCAGCUCCAGAAUCUUCUCCAUCUUCUUCAUCUCCAAAUUUUCAAAUCGUCAAAACCGAAUCUUCUGGUCCGUUAACCAUCGAAAAUGCAAACAAUCCCCAACUUGUCUCAACUUCUUCCACCCAAAAUUCAAAUUCGCACCAAAAAAACGUGGUUUUGGGUGUUGUCCAAUAUGUAAUAUGUCAAUUAUGUCCAGAAAAUGAGCAAAAACCGACGGAUAUUUCGAAUUUGCAAGAAAUGGAAGCACAUUUGUUGGAUAAACAUGUCGAUAAGGAGAAAAAACAAUGUGAAGCUUGUCCGACGAAUGAAAUUCCGGCAAAUAAUAUUAUUCAGCAUAUGAGAAUACAUACAAAUAGGUUGGCAAGCGGGAAAUUUGGAUUUAGAGGGAUAUUUUGGCCUAGAAAAACACUUUGUCGGAUCCUAGGCCACCAGAAGUUCGAAAAUUAGUUUUUUCCAUGAAAUUUUGGUUCGGGCCCUUUUUACCUAGGAUUUCUAGUUGAAAUUCCAGUCCGUGGCCUAGAAAGUUAUCUUGUCGGAUCCUAGGCCAUCAGAAAUUUGAAUAUUCGGAUUUCUUAUGAAAUUUUGGUUGGGCAACGUUUUACCCAAGAUUUCUAGCUAAAAUUUUAGUCCGUGGCCUAGAAAGUCAUCUCGUCGGAUCCUAGGCCAUCAUAAAUUCGAAAAUUCGGAUUUAUCAUGAAAUUUUGACCCGGAAAUCUUUUGAUCUUUAGUUUCUUGCUGAAAGUUUAGACCAUGGCCUAGAAAAACACUUUGUCGGAUCCUAGGCCAUCCACCUCGAAUCUCUAAUUUUUCAGUGUUUAUGCAUGUCAACAAUGUGGAAAACGAGGAAAGAAGAAUUAUUUGAGAUCGCAUGUUCGAAUUCAUACUGGAGAACGACCUUAUAGUGUGAGUUUUUCGAGUUAUGACGUGGAUUUUGGAAUUUCUCAUGGAAUUUCAAGCUUUUAGACACCCAUAUUGAUAUACUUUUGAUGAUUUUUGAAAAUUUCGCUACGGGACCCACUACGAUACCAAUAUUUCAAAUUCAUCAAAAGUAUAUCAACAUGGGUGUCUAAAAACCUGAAAUUUUGUGAAAAAUACAGAAAUGACAAUAAUUUACCUUAGAAUUAGCUAGAAAUCUGAUUUUCGAACAUUUUUAAAUAUAAAUUGAGGAAAAAUUGAUUUUCUCAAAGUCUAGACAGUAUUUUAUUUUUUUUUAUCAAUUCAAUCAAAAACCUCCCACAAAAUUUCAAAAAAAAUCAUUUUGACAGAAAAUGAAACUAACUCUAUUUGUUUUUCUGAUAUUCUCUUUGAAUAUUUCAAUUUGUUCUGCUACUUUAACAAAUUGUACAAGAGAAAAUUAUCCGAGAGCUGACGCGAGAAAAGCAUGCAAAUUUAUGGAAUAUGAACAAGAAAAAAGAGGAUUUACAUCAUGACUUUUUAAUUGAUAAACAUUUUUUGCAUUCAUUUUUUGGAGUUGGUGAUAUUUGUAGCCGAUUUUAAGCGAAAUGCUAGUGAUUUUCGGCUUUUUCAUGAAAUUUCAAGCUUUUAGACACCCAUAUUGAUAUACUUUUGAUGAUUUUUCAAAUUUUCGCUACGGGACCCACUACGGUGCCGAAUUUCCAAAAAUCACCAAAAGUAUAUCAAAAUGGGUGUCUAAAAGCCUGAAAUUUCAUGAAAAAUUUGAAAAUUCAAUUUUUUUCAGUGUGAAACGUGUCCAAAAGCCUUCACCGAUUCAUCAACCCUUCGUCGACAUCGGCUAACUCAUACAGGCGAAAAGAAAUAUCAAUGUCCAGUUUGUGGAAGAGCAAUUGCAAGGAAGGAUAAUGUUAAAGUGCAUAUUCGAAGUCACGGAAUUCAUGUCUGA